UUCGCUCCAGGUUAUAACUCCUCCACCUCCUCAGACUUUCCAAAUAAAAACGGAUCCAGCUGCGUGCGCCUGUGCGCUCUCCGUGCGUCACACACGGCGCCGCCGCUCGGUUCAGACAGACGGGCAAGCGGCCACUUCACAGGAGGAGGAGGACGAGACGGAGGAAAGAUGUCCGCUGUCAUGCUGCUGUCGGUGUCUCUGGCUUUGUGCUUGCUCUGGGCGACCGGAGGCACGGCGCGGACCGGGGAAAUGAUCCUGAUGCGGGACGCCCUGGAGCGAGGCCCGGUCAGCCUGAACGACAUGUUCCGAGAGGUGGAGGAGUUGAUGGAGGACACUCAGCAUAUACUGGAGGAGGCUGUGGACCAGAUAACUACCGAGAGCGCCAAAUCGUCUUUAACGUCUCUGGAUCUGCGUCCAAGCUUCCACAACGAGACAAAGAAGACGAUAAAAGACGGAGACCGGGCGGUUCAGGUCCUGGAUAGAGUCGACAAGGAAACUAAUAACAAAACAGGAGAGGUUCAUCUUUCUCACAGCCACACGGAGAUCUCCAGCCAGUGGAACAGUGUGGAUCACGAGUGCAUGGUGGACGAGGACUGCGGUGACAUGAAAUACUGCAUGUAUGAGAUCGAGAACUCCAAGUGCCUGCCCUGCAUACCGACAGACAUGCCUUGCACUAAAGACGAGGAGUGUUGCUCAGAUCAGAUGUGUGUGUGGGGCCAGUGUACAGUCAACGCCACCAAAGGAACAGAAGGAACGAUCUGUCAGGGUCAGAGCGACUGCAUCCAGGACCUCUGCUGUGCCUUUCAACGAGAGCUGUUGUUUCCAGUGUGUAAUCCCAAACCGGAGAAGGGGGAGUCGUGUUGGAGCCAUCCCAACCUGCUGAUGGACAUGCUGGCCUGGGACCAGGAGGGUCCCCGUGACCACUGCCCCUGUGCCGACAACCUCCAGUGCCAACCACACGGACGUGGAUCUGUUUGUGGGGAGUAGGACUUGAAGACGGACGGAGCGCGACGGAGCCGGUCCAGGAGCAAAACGAAACAAAACCAAAGAACAGCUCGCCUGCUUCAGGAAAGGACUGCACUGUAUUAUUUAUGCCUUUAUUACCAACGUGUGUUAUACAUCACAAAGCAAAUAAAAGACUUUUUAGUCUCUACUGAGAA